ACCAUGCCACCUCGUAUCCCUGGAACUAACGUGACGUUCAUUGAUAGCAACAAUGAUGGCCUUGACAUUGUGACGUACGGAGAGUCUAUCCUGUUCACGUGCCAGCCGGGAUACAAUAUGGCCGGUGGUGACGUCAUCAAGACGUGUCUAGGAAAUGGAACUUUUUCGGGCAUCGAUCUUCAGUGCAUGCCCGUACGUUGCCACGACAUCCCAAUCAUUGCCAACACCCAGUCAUACUACACUGAUGUGAAUCUUGAUGGCGACACUGUUGUCUCGUUCCGCGAAGUAGUCACGUACGAGUGCACCAUGGGAUACUUUCUGAUGUCAGGGGACCAAGAGCGUCGGUGUCAACAGAAUGGGAGCUUUAGCGGGACAGAUGUCGUUUGUGAAGCUCUAAUGUGCCACAUCCCGCCUAUUCCUCAUACCACACAUACAUUUCUGAUGCACAACGAGAACCUCACAUAUCUUCACGAGGUAGAAUACGUUUGUGACUAUGGUUACCGGACCAAUAGUGGGGACUCAGUGCGCAUGUGCCAAGCCGACGGAAGUAUCAGUGGCCAGAAUCUCGACUGUAAACCUGUAACCUGCGCAUAUGUUCCUGAUAUUCCACAAACAAACAUAUCAUACGUUGACCUGAACAGAGAUGGCAAAGACAUUGUGACAUUUGGUGAGACUGUGACUUACCAUUGUCAAAAAGGGUACCUGCGAAGUGCCGCUGGUAACGAAACCCGGUUUUGCAUGGCCGAUGGCACUUUAAAUGGCACGGAUGUAGCUUGUUAUGCAAUACGCUGUCUUGACGUACCACUCCUUCCCUACUCGACCAUGACCAGCACCGACAGCAAUGACGACGGCGAGGAGAUCAUAUCCUACAGAGAGGCAGCAAACUACCAAUGUUUGCAAGGUUAUUAUAGGAAAUCUGGCAGCGAAAGGAGAAUUUGCCAGAGCAGCGGUUCUUUAGACGGCGAGGACCUCGUUUGUGCACCUAGACAAUGUAACAUUAUCCCAGUGCCGGAAAAUACCGAAUACUUUUCUGAAGAUACUAACAACGAUGGUCAGGAUACCGUGACGUUUACGGAAGUUGUGCACUACGUGUGCAGAAACGGGUUCUUUCCAAUGGGAGGAAAUUUGAAAAGGACGUGUCAGCAUGACGGGCAAUUAAACGGGACAGAUCUCUACUGUAAAGCUGUUGAUUGCAAAGCGCCACCUAAGGUUGAGAACGCCGUUGUCAUGGUGAUUGAAACUUCACUCGGUUCUGUGGCCCAUUAUUUCUGUAAUGCUGGGUACCAAAGUCAAGGCCGGCAUACUUUCAGUGGCGAAUGUAGUAAAAAUGGGGAUUGGAUUGGAGAAUUUACAGACUGCUCAGGUGUAUUCUGCAAGCCUCCAGCACCCAUUCCAAACGCUGUUACUUCUGUUGGGAACCAUGCUGCGAAACCCUGGGGAUCAUACAUCAAUAUCACGUGUCUCCCAGGAUAUCUCAUGGAACACGUGACUGGGGGUGUGGUCACGUGGACAUGCCAGGGAAAUGGCUCAUGGGAAGGUUUGAAAGUCAGCUGCAAGGCCAUCGAUGACAGGCCUUCUCGGUCGAACGGGAACCAAAGCUAUGACUGGAUCAUUUUUGUCAUCGCAGUCGUCUGCGCAACGGUUUUGAUCGCCAUCAUGGUAGCAGCAAUAGCAAUACUGACGGACAAAAGAAGGCGGAUAUCAACCAAAAUGCGUCGUCUACGACGUGAGUACGAAUCCUCUAGUCUCAGCUCUCCGCCGCUCUCUAGUCGAGGCACGCCGUCUUGUUUGUCAGAUAGGAAUCUCUUGGCUGGAGGGCUUCCACUAGCGUACCCUGGCGGGAUGUUUGUAAGUGAGGCUUCAAAGGAAAUGUACGAGGAUAUUUGGCGGUGGUACAAAAUCAGCGACGCGGAAAAUCUAGCAGACGACAGGAAUGAUACAGGUACGCGUGCGCACUUCAAUCAAUUUGCUGAAGCCCCAUUGUAUAUGCAUAGCGUAGACGGACUAAAUCGCGAUUUGAAUGAGAACGAUUUCAUUGAACCGACCAAUACAGAACAAAGAAUAUCGCAAGUUCGGGACUGGGGAAACAGUAUGCUACAACAACGUGGAACAAAUUACUCCAGGGACAGUUCGCCGGGUAAUCAGUUUCGUUUGGAUGACGCUGUUAUCCCAAAGCAGUGGGAGGAGGAAAGCAUGCGACCAGAGGAAGAAAUAAUAAUUUACGAAGACUUGUCAUGUUAACAGGUUAUACAGUUGCAUGUAA